CCACGAUUUACAUGCAAAGCAGUGAUGCAAACUAGCUCGCUGGGAAAUAAAGGAGUUCUUGUGUGGCUACCUUUUGGAUUAAAAAGGCCCCUGUCUCUCUUUGCCCACUAUGCGGAGGCUUGACGAUACCGACGCUGUCCGUAUAGGUCGUAUAUAUUUUAUGGAAGGUGGGACGAGGGAGAGGUUGUGAGGCUGGGGAGUCGGGACAUUGGCUGAGCUGGGCAGAGGAGCGUUAGCAAGCUAGCUCUCGUCGUGACAGUAACAGUUAUAACGAAACAGUGACUUUCCGUACUACAACCCAGUGGCUCGGUCAUCAUGGCUACGAAUGGUAUCAACUUAACGCCCGGGAUGGGAGAGAUCAUCCAGUUAAACGUCGGUGGGACAAGGUUCAGCACCUCCAGACAGACUCUGAUGUGGAUCCCAGACUCUUUCUUCUCCAGUUUGCUGAGUGGAAGGAUAUCCACUCUUCGGGAUGAAACUGGAGCUAUAUUUAUUGACCGAGACCCCACAGUUUUUGCACCAAUUUUGAAUUUCCUCCGAACCAAAGAAUUGGACCUGCGCGGUGUCAACAUCAGCGUCCUGCGACAUGAAGCAGAGUUUUACGGGAUAACUCCUUUAGUACGGCGGCUGCUGCUGUGUGAGGAGCUGGACCGCUCAUCAUGUGGUAGCGUUCUCUUCCAUGGCUACCUGCCGCCCCCAGCCAUCCCUGCCCGUAAGUCAACCCCUGCCUCAGCAGCCUUUGGCCCCCUCUCUGAUGAGCGGCCUGGUCCAAGUGGAGCAGAGGGCUUCACCCGUGUUGGUCCCCCUCCUCACCCUUCCCUCUCUGGCUCAUCUGGAACAGACGACAACCAAAAACUAGGUCCUGUGGUCGACCCCAGGAAGGUGCUGAUUAUAGCAGGACACCACAACUGGAUUGUAACAGCUUACGCACACUAUGUCAUCUGCUACAGGAUAAAGGAAUCUUCUGGAUGGCAGCAGGUGUUUUCCUCCCCCUACCUUGAUUGGACCAUUGAACGCAUCGCGCUUAACGCCAAGGUGGUGGGUGGCCCGCAUGGAGACAAGGACAAGAUGGUGGCCGCAGCCUCUGAAAGCAGCAUCAUCCUCUGGAGUAUCCAAGAUGGAGGCAAUGGAAACGAGAUCGGUGUAUUCAGCCUCGGUGUACCUGUGGAUGAUCUCUUCUUCAUUGGGAACCAGCUGGUCGCUACAAGCCAUACAGGGAAGGUUGGAGUGUGGAAUGCCGUCACACAGCACUGGCAGGUUCAAGAUGUGGUUCCUAUUACCAGUUGUGACACAGCAGGCUCCUUCCUACUACUGGGCUGCAACAAUGGGUCUAUCUACUACAUAGACAUGCAAAAGUUUCCGCUGAGGAUGAAGGAUAAUGAUCUGCUAGUGACUGAGCUUUAUCACGACCCUUCAAAUGAUGCCAUCACUGCGCUGUCUGUCUACCUCACACCUAAAACCAGUGUGAGCGGGAACUGGAUAGAGAUAGCCUAUGGGACGAGCAGCGGUGCAGUCAGAGUGAUCGUGCAACACCCGGAGACGGUGGGAUCGGGCCCCCAGCUUUUUCAGACAUUCACCGUGCACAGGAGCCCGGUGACGAAGAUUAUGCUGUCUGAGAAACAUCUGGUAUCAGUGUGUGCGGACAACAACCAUGUUCGGACGUGGACGGUGACCCGGUUCAGAGGGAUGAUCUCCACCCAGCCAGGCUCCACCCCUCUGGCUUCCUUCAAAAUACUGUCCCUGGAGGAGACGGAGAGCCACGGGAGCUACGGCUCGGGGAACGAUAUCGGUCCGUUUGGAGACAGAGAUGAUCAGCAGGUUUUCAUACAAAAGGUGAUCCCCAUCACCAACAAACUGUUUGUGAGGCUCUCAUCUACUGGGAAGAGGAUCUGUGAAGUGCAGUCGGUGGAUGUGACCACCAUCUCUUGCUUCAUGGUGCGGGAGUGUGAGGGUUCCAGCCGGAUGGGGUCGCGACCGCGGCGCUAUCUGUUCACUGGUCAUGGCAACGGCAGCAUCCAAAUGUGGGACCUGACCACUGCGAUGGACAACGCCAACAAAGGAGAGGAGAAGAAGAAAGAGGAUGUAGGAGGGCCUUCAGAGGAAGAGCUGCUGCAGCUGUUGGACCAGUGCGACCUGAGCACCUCCCGCUGCGCUACACCAAAUAUUAGCCCCGCCCCCUCCAUGCUGCACCACACACGCCUCAGAGAGUCCUGCUCAAGUCUGCAGCUCCAGGCCCAGGAGCCCAUUCCUGAGAGCCAGGCUACUUACGGAGCUGUGCGACCCUACAGAGAGAGCCCCCUGCUGGCCCGCGCCCGACGAACUGAGUCCUUCCACAGCUACAGAGACUUCCAGAACUUCUCCCUGAGUCGAGGUGUCCUGGACAGCACAGGUCAGACGUCCACGCAGGGCCCCAGCCAGACUCUUGAUGUCCGCCGUUCGCUCUGUGACUUUGGGCCCGAGGACAGCGAGAGGAGAGCCACAGCUAUGGAGUUCUGGGCCUGCCGAACGUCCAGUUCAAGCUCUAACACAAUUAUCGGAGGUAUGGCGACUGCUGGUGUUUCCGGGGUAAAGACAGAAGGCGAACAAGAGUCUCCACGACAACCUCCCGACAGCCCUGUUCCUGGAGGCGACGUUAGGCGGAAGGUGCUCCCACAACCGGAGGAGGGAGAGGGUGCGGGAUCAGGCGGAGAGGGGGUGAAGGUGGAGGGAGGAGUGAGGAAGAGGGGAGUACUAGAAGGAGGCUUUCUGGGGAGGAAGAAGGCUCCCCCAGUCCCCCACCUGUCCUCCCUUCCCUCUGGAUCUGAAGGUGGAGGCAGCGACUCGUCUGCCAAUGCAUCCCCCUCCCCGACCAAACUGUCUUCCUCCACCUCACCGCGACACAGGAAGCUGGCCCCUGAGCCGUCCAAUCAGGACAGCAGCCUGUGA